AUGGUUUCAGAAACCGACACGCUGUUUAUGUUCCUCGCCCUUUACCUCACGACCCUCUUCUCUCUCGAUGCAUGGGCUGCUGCCCGAAACUCUCCGCACCGCGCUCCGGGCAACAGCGCGCUCUACCGCCCUGCGAGCACGACGCCCGCGCCCGAAACUUACCAGGGCGGCAUGCAUGGCCGCGGCAAUGCUGGACCAGGGAGCGGAGCAAGUGGAAACGGCGACAAUGUUGGAAGGGUGCCACAAGCGAGAGACUCAAGACCACCCAUGAAGCUGUGGGGAACCGCAGCUUGCGGUGCUUGCAUGACUUGA